AGACAAUAGGUAUCUCCUUUUGUCUCAAUGUGUCCCUCCCUCUUAAACUGAUGCCACUCCCACGGGCCCUGGGAGGUUUGGCCCCAGGUUGCCCUGUCAGGGGUGUGAGUGAUCAGACAGGUGACUCCGAGCUGGGACGCCUAAGGCCUGCCUGGCCUGAGUCACCUAGUGUUGUUAUUGUCAUUGUUCUUGUUGAAGUCCCAGCUCAGCUCCACAGACCUCUGUGGAAACAGCAACAGCUCCCAUCUUUCCAACCUUCUGGAGAAGCCACAGCCCAAUGGUGAGCCGAAUGGGCUGGGGGGGAGGCAGGGGGCGGCUGGGGCGGUGGGGAGACCUGGGGCCAGGAUCCGUGCCCCUCCUCCCCACGCCACUGCCGCCUCUUCCUCCUCCUCCGUGCCGGGGACCUGGGGGCGGGAGGAUCUCCAUCUUCUCUCUGUCCUCUGCUCCUCACACCAGAAGCUCCCCCUCCUUAUCUUUCCCUUCUGCCCUGGGGCCCCCCUGCCCAGUGCUGCAGGGGGCAGGAGCAUCUCAGUCUAGCCAUAGUGCCCUCCCCACGCCAGCCACCCUCCGAACACAGGCACGGCCCACAACAACACCCACCUCUGAUUCCCCCUCCUGGGGAUCCCACUCCACCCCACCCCUGGCCUCGGUGACUCCCCCUCCCUCACGCCGAUGCCCCCAGGACCCUCCUGGGCUGCGGAUAGGCCCUCUGAUCCCCGAGCAGGAUUAUGAGCGGCUGGAAGACUGUGACCCUGAGGGGUCCCAAGACUCACCCCUCCAUGGGGAAGAGCAGCAACCCCUGCUUCAUGUGCCUGAAGGGCUCCUGGGUCGAGGGCAUGGAGAACUGAUGGCUCAAGUGAGAGCGCCAAGUUCCGACACUCUCCCUUCUGUGCCCAGGCUCCUGGCAUCACAUCCAGAACCUGGACAGCUUCUUCACCAAGAUCUAUGGCUACCACCAGCGGAAUGGCUUUGCCUGUAUCCUGCUGGAGGAUGUCUUCCAGCUGGGUUCAUUUUCAUCGUCACCUUCACAACCUUCCUCCUUCGAUGUGUGGAUUAUAACGUUCUCUUCGCCAACCAGCCAAAUAACCGUACAAGACCUGGGCCCUUCCACAGCAAAGUGACCUUGUCGGAUGCUGUCCUACCCUCGGCCCAGUGUGCCGACAGGAUUCGCUCCAGCCCCCUGCUGGUCUUCCUCCUGGUCCUGGCUGCAGGUUUCUGGCUGUUCCAGCUGCUUCGCUCCGUCUGCAACCUCUUCAGCUACUGGGACAUCAAAGUGUUCUACAGGGACGCACUGCACAUCCCCCCGGAGGAGCUCAGCUCGGUGCCCUGGUCAGAGGUGCAGUCCCGCCUCCUGGCGCUGCAGAGGAGCGGGGGGCUGUGUGUGCAGCCGCGGCCCCUGACGGAGCUGGAUGUCCACCACCGCAUCCUGCGCUACACCAACUACCAGGUAGCGCUGGCCAACAAGGGGCUGCUGCCGGCCCGCUGCCCGCUGCCCUGGGGAGGCGGUGCGGCCUUCCUCAGCCGCGGCCUGGCGCUCAACAUCGACCUGCUCCUCUUCCGCGGCCCCUUCUCACUCUUCCGCGGGGGCUGGGAGCUACCCGACGCCUACAAGCGCAGCGACCAGCGGGGCGCCCUGGCCGCGCGCUGGGGGCGCACGGUGCUGCUGCUGGCCGCCGUGAACCUGGCGCUGAGCCCGCUGGUGCUGGCCUGGCAGGUGCUGCACGCCUUCUACAGCCACGUGGAGCUGCUGAGGCGCGAGCCGGGCGCGCUGGGGGCGCGCCGCUGGUCCCGCCUGGCGCGCCUGCAGCUGCGCCACUUCAACGAGCUGCCGCAUGAGCUGCGCGCGCGCCUGGCCCGCGCCUACCGGCCCGCCGCCGCCUUCCUGCGCGCGGCCGCGCCCCCCGCGCCUCUGCGCGCGCUGCUGGCCCGCCAGCUCGUCUUCUUCGCCGGCGCGCUCUUCGCCGCGCUGCUAGUGCUCACGGUCUACGACGAGGACGUGCUCGCCGUGGAGCACGUGCUCACCGCCAUGACCGCGCUCGGGGUCACGGCCACCGUGGCCAGGUCUUUCAUUCCCGAAGAGCAGUGCCAGGGUCGUGCCCCGCAGCUCCUGCUGCAGGCGGCCCUGGCCCACAUGCACUACCUCCCGGAGGAGCCUGGCCCCGGCGGCAGGACCAGCGCUUACCGGCAGAUGGCGCAGCUGUUGCAGUACCGAGCGGUCUCCCUCCUGGAGGAGCUCCUGUCCCCGCUCCUCACCCCGCUGUUUCUCAUCUUCUGGUUUCGCCCUCGUGCCCUGGAGAUUAUUGACUUUUUUCAUCACUUCACUGUGGAUGUGGCUGGGGUUGGGGACAUCUGUUCUUUUGCCCUUAUGGAUGUGAAGCGCCACGGCCAUCCUCAGUGGCUCUCGGAGGGACAGACGGAGGCCUCACUGUCUCAGCGUGCAGAGGAUGGAAAGACUGAGCUCUCUCUGAUGCGCUUCUCCCUGGCACAUCCGCAAUGGCGCCCCCCAGGGCACAGCUCUAAGUUCCUUGGGCACCUUCGUGGACGUGUACAACAAGAUGCAGCUGCCUGGGGCGCCACCUCUGCUCGCAGCCCCCCGACCCCAGGGGUGCUCAGCACCUCCACCUCGCCUCUGCCGGAGACCUUCUUGGCCAACCUCUUGGUGCAUCCCCUCCUGCCACCGAGGGACCUGAGCCCCACAGCCCCCUGUCCAGCUGCUGCCACAGCCAGCCUCCUUGCCUCCAUUUCCCGCAUUGCCCAGGACCCCUGCUGUGUGUCCCCAGGAUGCACUGGGGGCCAGAAGCUGGCCCAGCUCCCAGAGCUUGCUUCUGCUGAGAUGAGUCUUCAUGCCAUCUACCUGCACCAGCUUCACCAGCAGCAGCAGCAGGAACCAUGGGGGGAGGCUUCAGCUUCCUCCCUGUCCAGGCCCUGGUCCAGCCCCUCGCAGACGCCCUCGCCUAAUGAGGAGAAGCCAUCCUGGUCAAGUGAUGGCUCCAGUCCUGCCUCCAGCCCCAGACAGCAGUGGGGAACCCAGAGGACCCGGAAUCUGUUCCCUGGAGGGUUUCAGGACACCACAGACACUCAGAAGGAUACUGGCCAGGCCCUUAGCACUGACUGAGAGGACUUUUCAGGGUUCCCUGGCUUUUCCAGCCACAGGAGAUGGAUGGGGUGGAGUGGAAGGACACUGAGCCAUCUUUAGAGGCCCCCACAAACAACAGGCCAAGGAUGCUUUAGUUGGGCAGGACCUGGGGCUCAAUGAGGAACUCGCCCUGGAGAACAGAGAAAGGGUAGGAGAGGAGAUGCCGAUGGCCUCUGGAAACGAGGCCUAGAGAUGGUCCCCACACGGAGGGGAUAAGGGGACACCCCCCUCACCUAGCUAUCUUGGAGCGGUUGCCUGGGAAGAAGUCCCUGAGUAUCCUCAAGGUGGAGGGCAAGGGCCGAGGCGGAGGCCAAGCUAAACGUAAAGGAAACAAAGAGGCAAUGGGUUGGUCAGGCUGGCCUGUCCUUCAGGUUCCCAUGGGACUCGCAGGGUGGGGGUGGAACUUGAGAGAGGAAAGACUUUAGAGAGGCUGAUGUUUUGUGCCUCAGCACCAGCAUGAUGCCUGAGGAAGUGGGUGUGCCCCUCAACCUGUAUGAGACAAGCUGUAAAGAUUGCUCAUGGCUGUGUUGUGCAUCUUUGUGACAUAGUCUCUGGCAUCUCCACUCCUGGCAGCUGAGGGCUGCACCUGCUUUCUCCAUCAAGAGCAAGGGAACCACUGGAGAGCUGCCUCGACUGGCUGGACACCAUGCUUUCAGAGUGCUGGCUUAGAUGGAGUGUGUAGGCCUCCCUGUCAAAGAAUUACCCACCCCCCAACAUCUACACAAAUUAAAAGAGGAAACUUGUCAUUUUACAAUUGUAAUCGACAGAGGCUGGAUUAGGCAUCUCAGUAUCUCAUAACAUCUGGCACAGCCUCUUAUGGUAAAUCUUCAAUAAUAAAUAUUUGAAUGAUUUAGAGAUUGGGCCUUAAGGAUAAGAUACUCCUGAGGGAGGUGAGGGGAAUCUAAAAUUCAUGAAGACCAUGAAGUGGGUAGCAGUCAGCCCUGGAAUACCACGGCUGGGAGAGGCCUUCCAGAUUUACGCAGACCCAGGCUAGUGGAAACGGUCCUGGAGAGACAGAUAUUUGCUUAUUCCUGGGGGAAUAAGGCUGAAUUUCUGCAGCCUCCGGACAGACACUGGAAGGCACCUUGAGAGGGAAGGGAGAGCUGUUGGUUCUGGUCAGGCCGACUGAAGUGUGGCAGCCGCUGUCUCCAGCUGUCUCCGGGGGCUGGAGUGCAUAAGCCAGAGAGCUCUCAGGGGUUGGAGGGGUCUGGGCCAGGGGGGUCGAACGCCCAGGGCACUGCGCCCCGCAGCUGCCGCUCCUGCAGGGAAAAGCUCUGGGUGCGUAUGCGGCUUGUCACCUCCUGGGUGCGCAGCGUGAGCCCGAAAAUGUCCUCGUGGUAGCGUUGCUGAUCCUGCCGGAAAGAGCUCAGCGGGUCAGAGCCCGAGUCAGAGAUCCCAGCAGGAACCCGGCACGACCCUGGCUGGGGCCCCCCCCCCCUCGGCCCCCCCCCCCGCCCCGCCCCUCCGCACCCGCAGCACGCCGAUGAAGUCGCCGGCCUCGUCCAGCUCCAUGUCACCCUCGGUCGCCAGGAUUCGCUGGACCGUCUGCAGGACGCUGGUUGCCAUGGUGACAUCACCGCAGACAAACAUGUGGCCCCGCUCGAGGCACAGCACACGGUGCACCUCAGCAGCCAGCUCAGUCCUCAGGAUGUCCUGCACGUUCCCGCACCUUGGGACUGUCCGGUUCCCUGGAGAAGGCGGUGAGGACACGGCCAAACACUCCGCGCUGCUGGGCGUGCUGCACCUCGUCGCGGUAGAGAUGGUCGAGUUGAGAGCAUCGGCAGCCGAACACCAAAGUCAUGGGGGCGGGCUGCAGCCCUGCAAGGGACUCUGGGUCUUGGGAGGGCUCCCUCCCCUGGGAUGCAGCCUUAGCGAAGCCUUCCUGACGCCUCCCCACUGCCACCCUCGCCCAGGCUGACAGCCCAGCUUUUGGGGCUGAAGCACCGCUAUCUUGGCUCUUUGGCUUCUAGGAGAGUGCAGGAUGCUUUGAGAGACCCUGCCAUACUCCUGAUUUCCAGAGACAGAAACCGAAGCUCACAUGAAGUGGUAGAGCUGCUCUGGAAUGUGGGGCCUCCCCGCAGAAUUCCAUGCUCUUUGACUUGUGGAACAUUGCAGUCCCCUUCCCUGCUCCAGCCCCCUGUCCUCCCACACCUUGAGCUCCUGCACUUUCAGCCUUCCUCUCAGUCACACCCCUUUCUUUUGACUGACCAACUACCCUGGGCGCCCCAUGCCCAAUCUGAAUGCCCUGUAGCUUCCUUAGUCCUUGGACACACCUCAGUGACCUCUGGCACAGUCCAGAAUCCACCUGGGGCAUUUCUUCUGUCCUCUGAGUCCCUAUCCGUUGCAAACUUCCAUUUUCCUCUGUUCUUCACCAAAUUCAACACCUACUGUGUGCCAGGCACCAGGAGGCCGGACAGACAGGCCUGGCCCUCGCCUCUAGGCCCUCCCUCCCCUUGGUCUAAUGAGCUGCUUUUCCCAUUUGUGACCCCACUUUCUGGCCCUCUCUUUCCUACCUGGUUCCUGCCUUCUGGCCUCAUCCCUUUGUCCCUAGAUUGUGUGACUCCUUCCUGCCUUCCAGCAGUCCCUUAGCCCCCAACCUCACCUUUGCUGUCAAUGUCGUGCAGUCGCUCCUGCCAGAAGCCCCGGAAGGGGGCGAUGCCAGUGCCGGGGCCCACCAGGAUGCAGGGCAGGCUGGGAUCAGGGGGCAGCCGGAAGGAGGGAGCCCUAGCCAGAGAGACACUCCGUCAGCCUCCCUCGGCUCCCUGCUCCCCCAUUCUUACCAACCUUGGGCAGGUGGAGAGGAGAACCCAGGUCCCACUGAUAAAUGAACUCAUUUAUAAUACUUAUCAGGUCCUUAGAACAGUGUCUGGUUCAUAGUAAGCAUGAAGUAAGUGUGUGUUAAAAUAACUGCUCGUGGUCAGAAACUCCCUGAUCUAUGGUUUCUGGAUAUUGAGCCAAAGGAAAUAUAGUUCAAUUUCUACUGAAGAAUACUUAGAUGACUCAGUUUUGGGGACUGAGAAAAUAUGGGGCAGAGGGAGGACAGAUUUUCAGUUCAUAAUGGGUUCAUUGAGUGUGUUUACUUUAAAUAAUAGCCUUAAUAUUGAUAUUUGGUUUGUAUUCAGUAGAUUGGUGCAGUUUAUUUGUAAUUUAACCUCCUGGGUGGGUUUGGGUAACCUGAAUACAUCCUGGGAACUCAGUUCCACUGAGACUUUUGGCUCCUGGCUGCUGGAGGGGCAGGACUUCUGGACAUAGCACGAGGGAGGGUCUCCUGAGAUCCUUCACCAUCUUUGAGGCCUCAGUGACACUGUGGCCAAGAGUGGUCU